AUGAGCUCUAUAGGUACUGGCUAUGAUCUCGCGGCAGCCACUUUUUCACCUGAUGGUCGUAUUUUUCAAGUGGAAUAUGCACAAAAAGCAGUUGAUAAUGGUGGAACGAUGAUCGCGUUGAAAGGAAAAGAUGGCGUGGUCACAGCUGUCGAUAAACUGAUUCCGUCGAAGUUAUAUGUUCCGAAUGCAAAUCCGCGUAUGGCUAACGCAGGUGAAAACGUUGGUAUUGCGCUGGCUGGAGUGUAUCCGGAUUGUAGGGCGUUACUGGAUUAUGCGGUUGGAGAGGCUCUGGAAUAUCUGAGGGAUUAUCGUACACCAAUGCCCAUCAAGAAAUUGGCUGAACAGGUCGAGUGUUUUUUUUUUGAUUACGCGUUGGCCGAAUAUGUGCACAUUUUCACACUGGGUAUCAGCAGGCCUUUCGGUGCUUCGGUGUUCUUAACUGCAUGGGAUAAGAAGCGUGGAUCUCAAUUGUUCUUGAUUGAGCCAUCCGGUCUCUGUUAUGAGUACAAAGCAUGGGCAAUUGGAAAGCAUCGUCAGGCGGCAAAAACUGAAAUUGAGAAAUUGAAACUCGAAGAUUUGUCGAUGGAACAGCUCGUUAAGGAAGCGGCCAGAAUAAUCAUGACGGUACGAGAUGAAGCGAAAGAUAAGAAUCUGCAAAUUGAAAUGGGUUGGGUUGGCGAGAGUACCAAUGGCAAGCAUCACACUGUACCUCAAGAGAUUGUUAAAGAAGCCGAAAAUUGGGCGAAAGCUAAGUUGGAAGAGGACGAUAUGGAGGAAUGA